AUUUUCAUACAUAUACUUAUUCUACCUUUUUCAGGAACUCGUAGCUAUUUAAGCAAUUUGUGAACUUUCUGUGACUUUUUGUCUUUUGACAAGAUGUUUUUGUUUUGUGUUGCCACGGGAAAGAGUGGUUUUUGUCUUGGUAAACACACAACACAAAUAAUUAUUUGUAUAUCUAAUCUUUUUAUCAAUUUUUGGUUUACAAGUGGUCAGCAAUUUUCUCUUUUAGUCUAUUGUUCCGAAUUCUUGUUCUUUAGCCCGUUUUCAUCCAAUGCUGAAUGUAGGCCUCAAGCAACCCACAUCAUACUUCUCAACCUUGAAAUUUUCUUAUCCAUUCCCUACCAUAAUCGCGCCCAUUCUGGUCAGUGGUUUCAACAAUCCAAACUAAUUAAAUAGCGGCCCUUUUCCACUUUACUGAGUUCCCUGAUUUAUUCACUAUACGUCUGAUCUAGUGGCAACGAGGAUGUGAAGAGUGUGAAAGUGAGGAAUUAUAAAUAUAUUACACUAUUUGGGAUGUAAAUCUAGAAAAAUGUAUUUGUAAAUGGAUUUCUUUGGGCACAUGUGUUAUAACGAAGUGAAUUGAUGAAAUUGUGAUGUGAAAUUUAUGUGUUUAUUAAAGUUAUACUUAUAAAUAGACUCAAGCCCUUAUAUGGGUAGUUUUGUAUUUUUAUAAAUUAACGUGAAAUUUCGAAUCAAUUUUGGUAAAGUAAUGCCACAAGAUUUGACCUUUACCUAAGAACAGGUGAUAAGAAAAGAGACGAGGAAGUGAUUUUCUCCAAACAUCUUCUGACGAUGAAGAACUGGUACGCAAGCAUCUCCAGCUCAAACAAGAAGCGCUACGUGCUAGCCUUGUUGGAAGACGUGAGGAGUGCGUGGACUCUGUCCUGCUUACUCAAGUCUAUCUGGAAUUGUCGAACUAAGGAUGCCAUCCAGUCUUCAUAUGAGAAAAACCCUUGGAGCAGCUAUGAUCAAAUACCCAUGGACCACAACAGAACAGCUCUCCCUGUAGUCACGUUAGCUCAAGUCAUGAAGAAUGGACGCUUUUGGUUCCUCACUUUAGAACCGCAAGCGCAAGCGAUAGUUCUCACAGAACUGCUCUCACUGUCCGGAGGUCCUGUAAUGCGUGCGGUACUCCAGAGGGCCCAGAUCCUGUACGAGAAGUACCGGGAAGAUCAGCUGCAGAACUUGCAGGAGUGCAUCGUCGUCAACGACACGCCACACGAGAAAGAGACGCACGUCAUACCUGAGAAGGGUAAAAAAGAGCAAGCGGUCAAGUUUACCCACGAGACAACAAUAAAUGGAAAAGCUAGUCUCCCGGCAGGACGAGCUGAAAAACAGUUGGAAGCCAACUUAGCGAUAUGGAAUAACGCAAUCAAGGCAAUGCGGGACAGCCUGAAAUUAGAAGAGUUGGAGAUGACGUUCAAAGAUGGCACCAAGAGGAACAUUUGGAAGGUGAACAGACCGAACCCCGAAUCUAUUGAGACUGUUACAUACGAGCAGUUGUUACGUCACGACUUGAGCAUAGACGUCAUAGACCCAGCCAGCCGAAGCAGAAACAAUACGUACUGUGGUGUUACCAGUAUAACACCCUCCUCUAAAAUGAGGGUGACGCUGAAUAUGAGCCUGAAAGCGAGCGAGAAGUCCGCUGGCGCUUUCUCUUUCAGGCAUCUCGUGGGCCCCGAAAGGCUGACUAUGCCGGUUUUGGUAAUGAAACCAAUACGAAACUUGGCCGAGCUUUCUGAGAGGCUUGAAAGGCGAGGCGCUGCUGAUGAGAACAUCUGGCAGUGGUGCGAAAACAUUCUACACAACCAUAAAUAUCGAAAGGCAAAACGAACAGCUGAAGGUGUGUUGCCAUCCGACAAUAAACACUUUCCGUGUCGCAUCAUAAAGGAGACUUUGCACGUUCCCCUGAAUCCACCGCUCUAUAAAGACCCUGCUGUCAACACUGAAGAAAAACUCAAGAGAAACAUAUCCAAUGCCACUGUGAUAACUAUGCCCAAAAAACCGGAUGCGAAGAAGAGGUUGAGUCUCUGGAGUAGAGAUCUUUCAAGUCUCUACAAGGUUUACAAGAUACCAUCACACGCAUCGCCUAUUUAAUACUUAGAUUUACUUUUUUAUUUAAUUUAAUACUUAGAUAAUAAUUAUAAUAAUUUAUUCCCAUUAAAAUGUAAUUAUAUUUUCAAAGGUUUGCAUUUUUCGUUUAUUUGCAAAAAGUGGGCAAAACUAACAUUUAACAAUUUGAGGCGCGGAACUGUUAUAGCAGUACUUGCUAAAAUUCGAAAAUUGACAGUACAGUCUCUAAAAAAGAUGUUAUAAACGGAGCUACGGUGAUAACCGAGCCAUGACUAUGGAAUCAUCGUAUAGAUAGGCCAAGAUUUACUGGCAAUCUGUG